AUGAAGCUCAAGUUGUUGUCACGAGACCUGCUGGGACUUCUCAACACGCUCUCUCUCAUCAGCUCGCUGCGGAAGUUUGUGGUGCUCCGGUUCACGCCUACGAUGCUCGUGGUGAUUCUGGUGAGCGAUGGAUCGGUGUCUCAAGAGCCACAGAUUUGGUGCAAGUUGAAAAUGCAGUCGCUUUUCGAACAGGUGGAGCUAGUUAGCAUCAACGACAAUACAAUUCUGUUGGAGCUCAACUGUGAGCUUUUGCUCCAGACUCUACGCCACUUCGAAAGGGCCAAUAGUGAUGGUUUAAAUCUCCGAUUGCAGAGGAAGCCUGAUGGAGGAGACGACCAUGGCGCAAAGAGCCGGGCCGCGUCAUUGGCGUUAUUCUACUCGCAUGUCAACGAUAACGGCAACUCCAUCAACCACACUUUCAAGAUCCCCGUAAAGAUCUUGAAGCUGAAUCAUGAAUCAAUGGUGUUGAAAGAGCCUGAACUUCCGACGGUGGACCUAAUCAUGCCAUUGCCCAAGGAGUUUGUCUCCACGUAUAAGAGGCUUGACAAGUUCCGGCGGACUCUGAACAAUGAAAUUGUCACCAUCAAGUGUACUCGCCGGGGUGGAGGGUUCUUGGGGUUCUUGUUAGUGGAGGAAGGAAAGUAUAAGGUGACGAUUAGCUUGAAUGAAAAGCUCGAUAUUCGAAAGCCUCCAGCAUCGGAAUCACAGGAGGACUCGUUGGUUAAUACAGCGAUGUUUGAUGUACGAGAUCCGAAUGACUAUGUGGAUGAGCAGGAUGAGAAUGAGGAUAAGACCAUUCAUGUUAGACUACGAGACUGGAAAAUGGCUUCGAAGAUAGUUGCUAGUUGCAAGGUUGUGAUCUUACUCCUUGUGGACCGAGAAGUGUGUGUUUUACACUGCUUGUUGGACGACCUGGAGAGUGUGGAGAUCAUUUACUACAUCAGUGGGAUCCGGUCGAGAGAUGAUUAACUUUGCAGCCAUCGACUAAAAUGUCAGAAACCUAAAAAAUUUGGGUUUUGAAAACUCUGAAGUAUACACGGGUACCUUGUGAAUCCUUCACCCCCACUAUAACAGCCUUGGUCUCAUUUUCCACUCCUUAAUAUCAAGCAUCUCAAAAUCAUUAUCAUCC